AUGACUUCUAUCGGUACGGGCUACGAUCUUUCAAACAGUGUUUUCUCACCAGAUGGGAGAAAUUUCCAAGUCGAAUAUGCAUUAAAAGCAGCUGAAAACGGUGCGACUGCUGUGGGUAUCAAAUGCAAAGAUGGUGUGAUAUUUGCCGUGGAAAAGUUGAUCACAUCAAAACUUCUGGUUCCAGGAAAGAACCGCAAAAUCCAAACCAUAGACCGUCACAUUGGAUGCUCCUACUCCGGGUUGAUGCCUGAUGGGAGACAUCUGGUAGACAGAGCUCGUGAAGAAUCUCAAAGUUUCAGAAAAACAUAUGGCAGUCCUAUACCACUAGCAGCCCUAGCCGACCGGUUGGGACAAUAUGUGCAAGCACACACACUAUAUAACAGUGUAAGGCCAUUUGGUAUCACUGCGAUAUUUGGUGGGGUUGACGAGAAAGGUGCCCAUCUCUAUAUGCUCGAACCCAGCGGGACUUACUGGGGUUACAAAGGUGCUGCUACCGGAAAAGGCAGACAAUCCGCUAAAGCAGAACUAGAAAAAAUCUUGGUAUCGAAACCUGACCUUGAUGCUAGGGAAGCGGUCAAGGAGGCUGCAAGAAUUGUUUUUCUGGCUCACGAUGACAACAAGGAAAAAGACUUCGAACUCGAGGUGAGCUGGUGCUCAGAAUCCGAGACCAAUGGUCUUCACAAGAGCGUACCUCAAGAAUUGCUGGAGGAAGCAAUCAACUUCGCGAAGGCCGAGAGUGGUGACGGUUCCGAUAGUGACGAUUCUAGUGAUGACGAAGGCCGCGAAAACAAUAACGAAAAGCGAGAUGCUGAAGGGGACGUACCCAUAGAGUAA